AUGGCAGAAAGACAACUCGUAAGAAAUGUGCCCAAUUUAAAUAUGCAAGCCUUGUUGCGCGAGGUUGAACGUUUAUUUGAUCGUAAGUUGGAGCCAAUACAAGAUCGACUUGAUCAAGUGGAAGGGAGAGGCCGCCGAGAAAGGACUCCUCUAAGUCCUCCUAGGAAUCGAGGCCGAAGACAAGCUCAAGAUGAUGAAGUAUCUGAACCAAGUGAGGCCGAAAACGAUCAUGGCUCAAACAUUAGUGACCGAAAGAGAGGUCGACGACAUCAUGGUCAACGAGAUCAAGAAAGGUAUGAUGACGACCUCAAAAGCAUUAAACUAACUAUUCCACCUUUCCAUGGCCGUUCAGAUCCGAAAGUUUAUUUGGAAUGGGGGAAGAAAAUUGAAUUAGUGUUCGAAUGCCACAACUAUUCCGAGGCCAAGAAGGUCAAGUUGGCUGCUAUAGAAUUUUCCGAUUAUGCCAUGAUUUGGUGGGACCAAUUUAUCACAAGUCGAAGGCGAAAUGGCGAGUGUCCUAUUACAACUUGGGCUGAGAUGAAAGCUGUGAUGCGGCGAAGAUUCAUUCCUUCAUACUACCAUCGGGAGUUGUAUUAG